CGACGUUUGAGCAACCAAGUGACACCUGCGCAAACCGCUGGUUCCCGCGCGCUGCACCCCCACAAGAGAAGGAUUGAUGGAGUGUGGCAACCAAUGUUCAUGCCACGUACCCGACUGUUGCAAGAUUUCUUAAAGUUAAUUCACGAAACUUAGUGUCUUGUCUAUAUGUGUAUUUUCUGUGUUCAUGUGUUUAAUUUUAGGUUGUUUUGCUCUUACUUGAAGCGAGCAUGUUUCCACAAAAUUCCUGCCGCGGCGCGGCCUCCGGGCCGCAGCCACUGCUGUACGUCUGACAAUAACCAGAACGAUGUGUACAGAACUGUGCAUCGCUUUGAAAUAAAUUUGAAGAGGAUAAGAAAUAAACCCUAUGCUUGUGAAACCAUAUGUAUUAAUUCAUCAUUAACAAUGCAGUCGAUGUUAGAGUUUUCUAUAUACAUGUGUAACUCCAUGUCGUUAUGGAACUCCUCUCUCGACCAUGUUUUAAGAGGGCCUGUAACACUCGAGCACGAACAGGGCGAAGUGGAAUUGAAAUGGGGACAAUGUGGAGAUGGGGCGAUGUGAAGACGGGGCGAAAUGGUGACGGGCGAAGUGGUUAUGGGGCGAAGUGACUGUCAGGGUCAUCUAUCUUUGGGCGGCCGGAUAGCUAGUUGCACCAAAUUGAUGCAGUCGGUCAGCUGACUAACACUGCACUGGGUUGUAGCUCUAUGUUCACGGUAAUUCAUAUUCCCAGUUGGCUGUGCGAGGUUGAGACAUGAAGUUGCGUUCCAACCGACAGACAGCAACAGAUGAAGCAGCCAACCGGUUGCAGCAUAGGACUGGUUCUUCCCACACAGACCUCACCCAAGAUAUGACAGAUGCCGCUGCAAUGGACACAAGUCAACAAAGAGGCACCAACGGAGAUCACCAACUUCGUGACGAUAUACAUGUAAAAGGCAAACCUGUUGCUCAGCUGACACACUCAUCUUCAGAUGUUGAGAUGACAAAUGAACUGUCCAAUGAUGGAAGUACAUGUAAUCAUGCUAAACAGGAUCUUCCUCCGUCUUCGCCCUCCUGGGGAGUGAUCAAAAGGAUCCUCCAUAUCAACAUCUUCCUCUAUGCUGCGUGUUUUUGGCUUCAAACAGGUGUCUUGCCUUACCUGACAAAGAAAUUAGGCAUGGACAUGGUCGUCUACGGUUACCUGCAGACCUUCUACAACAUCAUUCUGCUUGUUGGUACGCCCAUAUUUGGGCGUUUUGGGGACCUGUACGGUGGGCGUGCAGCCCUGACGCUAGCGUACGCAAUGGCAGCUUCCAUGUACGGUCUGCUGGGCAUGGCAACCACUGGAGCCUUUGUGUUUCUGUCCCGAGUGCCUGCGUUGUUUCUCAGUGCUAAUCAUGGAACCCAGAUGGUGAUAGCUGAUCUCACAGACGAGGGUCAAAGGGCCGAAUCUUUGGGGCGACUGAGAAUGACCUAUGGUCUGGGAAUGAUUGUUGGUCCACUCAUUGGUGGCCAGGUCACCAAGUAUUAUAGUGAGCAGCAUGCGGCCCUUGUGUCUUGCCUUGGAUCCCUCCUCAGUGUGAUGCUGGUGCAGCUGUUCAUUCCAGUUCAGACCAAAAAGGUCGCUGUCACCAAAAUACAGGAAGAGAAGUCAAAAACCGGCAUUUUCAGUUUGAAGAAAUACGUCACCCUGUUAACUCAGACACCGGGGGCGCUGUUCUUCCUCCUCGUGACCAUGGUCUCGGGGUUGCCUAAUUCAAUUCUCCAUAGUAUGUUUCCCAUGAUCCUGAUGGAGAAAUUUGAACUGAGUGCAGAAUACAACGGCUAUGUUCUGUCCAGUCUUGCAAUCAUUGGCAUGCUGAUACAGGGCCUGUGCAUUGGGCCACUCACCAAACGAUUCAGUGACAUGGCCCUCCUCAGAGCAUCAGCUGUACUCCUAAUUGUAUCAUUUACAUUAAUGAUCUUUGCUCAGAAUGUCACUUAUCUGGCUCUCAUAAUGCUUCCAUUGACAUGCGGUAACAGUGUGAUUGGGAUCAUCCUCAACACUGUCAUGACCAAGAUAGUGUCAGCUGCUGAUACAGGGACCAUGCUGGGUCUCGGCAGUGCGGGAGGCUCACUGGUCAGCAUCUUUGCUCCAACAAUUGGUGGCAUCCUGAUGAAGCAGUGUGGCUUCUUCUCAUUUGGUAUUGUUGGGUUGGUUGCCAAUGCCAUACUGCUUGUAAUUUUAUGCCGUAAUUAACGCGGUGACACAUUUCUCAAAUCUUAACAACCCUUUGUGCUUGACUCCCAAGAAGUGCAAAUCUCCUUGUAAAUACCAGUUUGAGUUAAACUCAAGGUGUCAUCGUUUGGCACACAGUCCCAACUCAUUCUUCAAGGUAGGCUUUGUGGGUAAACACACGCUAUGGACUGAUACAUAACACAUAGCAAAAGUCCAUUCUUUCAGAUAAACCCUGCAAACAAGCGGUGCCCCCAUCAUUUUGAUUGCACACCCUCGGCCAAAACACAGGGCCACUGGCUUGUGCACAUUCACAUGAAAAUUGGUCGUGUUCGCAGCACCAUACAUAUAUACGUGUGAAUAUGCUUGAUCCAGCGCAUGCAAGGAGUGUGAUGGGACUGAGGGACAUUGUUGCUAAGUAACAAGUGCCCUCUGUUGUCCAUGUGGGAAGUUGGGACAUCAACAGUGCAGUUUGCUUAAUUACAAGUACUUAUUAGUACUGGUACAUGUACUUCUUUCCAGUUUUUAAUUUUUUUUUUUUUGGUCUGGUAAAGGGAUUUUAUACUGUUUAUUUGGAUUGAGAUAUAUUGAAGUUUAACUUUGUAAAUUGUAGUCUCAAAUCCUCCAAUUUCAGGAUGAUUUUACAUACAGUACACCCUAGGGGGUUAGGUGUUAAAGACAGUUUUUAAAUUCAGUGAUACAAACAAGCAUUGAUUGGCCUUGAGAAAAAAGAAGCAAUAUAUUACCAUAGAUUUAUACAUUUACUCUAGCUUACUGUGUGGCCAUUUCAAAGUGCAGAGUUUCUUAGACGUGCCAGGAGACAGUGACUUUGUUAGUUUGACAAGGAGAAAUGCAUGCAUACUCUUAAUCUGAGCUGAAAGAUAAGUCCUUGUUUGAGCAGUUGAAGUGGAAAUUUUCUUUCAGUGGGAUUUUUUUCAUUCUGGAAUUUGAUUUGAAGUCAUAACUUUGUUUAUAUCAGGCCAAAAAAAUGCAUUCCGACUUCUAACCAAUUCUUUGGGUAUACAGUAUAUAUUACGUUGUGUUGGUGAUCUGUGUACACGCACAUGUGCUUGGAUUUAGUAUUUUUUAUGAAUUGAACGAAUCCAUGCUUAAACUGCAAUGCAGAAAUUGCAGAAAACUCUUGGUACUUAUGUUUCUAAAAAAAGGAAGUGGUCACUGGAUACAGUAAUGGAAGCUUGAGACUUGCAUUCAGCAAAUCUACAUGUACAUGGUUUAGUGAGAAUCGGUCAGAGUUUAAGCCCAAUGCACUGAAACGUACCGGAUCACGAGACUGCAGAGGUUGAAGUUGGUGCUUAAACAGGGAUUAAAAUUUCAGGUUGGGGCGGUGCUGGACACAAAGCCACAGUAAAAAUGAUCACUUAUUUAUUUGACCUAAGCAAAAAUGAAACAGGCCUGUGUUGCAAAUUAAAAUUAUAACACAAAAAAAAAACAAACAAACAUACAGAAGAAAUAAAGACACAGACAACGAUAUGAGGGUAAUUAAACAAGCCUGAAAACACAGCAAAAUAAGAUCGUUAACGAUUGGGAAACUGAGUGUAUGGGGGAAGCAUACAGGUGUGAGAAUUACGACCAGUAAAUACCAAGAACAGACAAGACAAAGUAUUAUUCCAGUCAGGGACACCUACAUGUUGUGUACAUGUAUGAAAGUAGACCAAAUUACUGUUUCCCGGAAGCAGGUUACCCCAGUUAUCCCGAUUAUUAACAAUGGUCUGGAUCCUGAUUGGAAGUAUGUUAAAACAUGACAUUUUCCA